AUGCCGCAAUCCUCAUGCAAUACCUUCGAGCUGCAAGAACAUAACAUUAAUUUGAACAUACAGAUCGGGAUUGCGGGCAACACUGAUAGAAGGGAAGGAAAUUACACUAAUCAUCAAGUCAAACUGAGUCGUUCCGAAAGCUCACCACAGACUAGCGGUGUAGAUGUUGAUGACAAUUUACAGGCCGAGACCCUCCUCCUGCCAGUGAGAAACCAUGAAGCAGGCCAAGCAGAAUUCAUAGACGUGCUCAAAGAAUGGCUACGACUUGCAGAGUUAGGUUGCUCAAAGCUUCAAGAACUAUGUCAAAAAUACCGUCUUCGUUGGUUGGAGGAAAACUAUCGGGCAACAGUCUUGGAGGAAUACGCACCACCUGGAAUUGAUACUUGUUCUCCCCACCAGAUUACAUGGGAGACUCCUUCUCCUAUCCAAAGCGAUGACAAAGAUGCUUAA